CAACUCCCGUCAUGCUCGGAAAGAGCGCGGCGGUCCAGACACCGCCAGUAACUGCUAAUGGACUACAUUUCCCAGCGUACAAAGGGCGAGGGAGCCUACAGGAAAAAGAAAGCUCUUGCCACUGGGAUUGUAUCCGAUUGGCUGGUCUGGGCGCGUCACUGCUGGCUGAAGGUUGCGCUCAGGCCCGUGGAUCUCAUCGAAGAUGGCGGCGCGAUCUGUGUCGGGCAUUACCAGAAGAGUCUUCAUGUGGACAGUCUCAGGGACACCACGUAGAGAAUUUUGGUCUCGAUUCAGAAAAGAGAAAGAGCCAGUGGUUGUUGAGACAGUAGAAGAGAAAAAGGAACCUAUCCUAGUGUGUCCACCCUUACGAAGCCGAGCAUACACACCACCUGAAGAUCUCCAGAGUCGUUUGGAAUCUUACGUUAAAGAAGUUUUUGGUUUUGGUUCAUCUCUUCCUAGUAAUUGGCAAGACAUCUCCCUGGAAGAUAGUCGUCUAAAGUUCAAUCUUUUGGCUCAUUUAGCUAAUGACUUGGGUCAUGUAGUCCCUAACUCCAGACUCCACCAGAUGUGCAGGAUUAGAGAUGUUCUUGAUUUCUAUAAUGUCCCUAUUCAAGAUAGAUCUAAAUUUGAUGAACUCAGUGCCAGUAAUCUGCCCCCCAAUUUGAAAAUCACUUGGAGUUACUAAGCAAUUCGGAAGAGAAACACAUUGAAAUCACUGUUUUUCCCUGAGCAAGGGGGCUGCUCAUUAGACCUUUUGAUACUUUACCAUGUGAAAUACUACCAGAACUGUUCUCUAAACCCACUUUUUCUGUAGAGGAAUGUAUCAUCUCUUUUUUUUCUCAUAUUACAAAUGGACAAAUAAUGGACUUUCUAUUUUCAUAUUUGCUGAAACCAUUUUUUAAAUGAAAUUAGGUCAUUAUUUAUGAAAAGUUUUGAGAGGGCACUGUCAUUAACUUGGGUUUAAGACAGGAGGACAUUGCAAGGUCACACCCUUCAUAAGCAUAAAGUAGUUGCAAGAAAGUAUUUUCAUCCUGUUAGGAUUCAUAUCUAAGAUAGAGUUAUGCAUUACACAUACACAAAUAAACUUUUAUUAGAUAGAUACCUAUAAAAGAAACAUAAAAGUACGUUGUGUAUUACUGACAGUUCUAGAUUAAUUUCUUUUAGAAUUAAAGUAGAUUUGUUAAA